AUGUCUGCUCCCGUUGGCCUCGCUGUCGUGGGGACGAACUGGAUCACCAACUCUUUUGUUCAAUCAUGUCAUGAGAGUAAACUAUUUUAUCUCACUGCUGUGUAUUCCAGAAAGCUCAACACAGCAAACAAGUUCAUCUCAGAAACGCCUUCUAUCAAAGAUGCUUCUGGGGUGGAAGCUUACGAUGACUUGGACACCAUGUUGUCAAAAGGUUCGAAUAUCGAUGUUGUGUAUAUCGCAUCACCCAACUCGUUGCAUUACGAACAAGGUGUCAAGGCUCUGAAUGCUGGCAAACAUGUCAUCAUGGAAAAGCCUUUCGCCUCCAACAUGAAGGAGCUCGAAGCUCUUUACGAGCUCGCUGACUCAAAAGGUCUCCUCAUCCUGGAAGCUUAUCGGCACAUUCAAGAGCCCAACUUCAAGAGACUUCAGAGACUACUUGAUGAUGAGAAAACCAGAACAGAGAAGUUCGGCAAAAUCUAUGGCGCGAGUCUCUCGAUGGCUGUGUAUUCGCCGCUGUUUGGAGAUAUCACAGAAAACAACGUUCCAAAUGUUGCAUCUCCCAAGUUCAGUGGAGGCUGUUUGUGGGAUAUGGGUUGCUAUCCUGUCACAUUCGCUGUCCGACUCUUUGGAAAACCCUCAUCCCAAGCAUAUUUCCCAGUCAUUCUUGAAACUGGAGUCGACGGCGGUGGUCUGAUCGUGUUCCAAUACACGACUGAGUCUUCAAAGCACCAGCAGAACUUUACUGUCUCGGCCCGCACGAGCAAGAUUUAUGAUUCGCAUGCACCAACCGAGAUCUACUGUGAGAAGGGAACCAUCAAGAUAUUUGGGGGCCAGGCUUCGAACGUCACAGAUAUCUGUACUUUGGAGUUCGUCACAAGAGGAUCUCAAGAGUCUGAGGAGCUGGGAGAUACCGACCCUGAGUAUACUGAUAUGUUGAACUUGACAUGGGAGGCUAAGGAACUUGGGCGUAUCAUCAAAGAGAAAGAUAUGGAAGCUGAAGCUGACUUGAGAGCACUUAGUCGAAGUAUUCUCACGGUGAUGGAAGAUAUGCGGAAAAAGAAUGGCAUUGUGUUUGGUAGUGAUUGA